AUGAAAACAAAGUUAUUAAUAAUACUUUCUAUUUUUUUAAUAACAAUUUAUUUAUCUUUAUUGUUAUAUCAUCCAAAUGAAAUACCAUUCAAAUAUGAAAUAAAGGAUAUCAAACCACCACAACCAAAGUACAAGAACGGCUUGUUUGACUUAUCCAAAUUCAAUUACAAAGGGAGGUGUGGAGAUGUUUUUAAAUACCAACCAAGCAAUGAACAAGAUUUAAUUUUAUACAGUGGUUCUAUUGAAUUAAAUGUAUGGAAAAAAAUAAAGAAAUACGUUGAUAUAAUCCAACCAAUGAUAAAUGCUGUUAUGCCAAAAAUUACAAAAGUGUUUCUCCUCAUUGGAAAACCUCCAUCAAUAACCUUUUUAGAAGAAAUGGAAGGAUAUGGUGUGACAGUUAUUCAAAUGACAAAUACUUCUCAACAAAUAUCAAAGAAUUAUGCAGUGGUUCAAAGAAUUUUUAUUUCAUUAAAGUAUCUAAAAGAUAACAAAAACAAAUACAACCGAGUAAUAUUUUCUGAUUUUAGAGAUGUUUUCUAUUUCAACGAUGCAUUUGCAACAUUCACGAAAGAUGAUUUAAUUCUUUUAAUGGAAUGUUAUGGGGUAUAUUCAAGAAGAUGUUCAACAUUUAUUCAGCCAACUAAUAAUAAAUGGGUCCAAGAAGCUUUUGGAAGAGAAGCUGCAAGUUCAUUUGCAAAACGUAAAGAAAUAAUAAUUAAUGGAGGUAUUUUCUUUGGUGGAAUUGAUAAAAUUAUUGAAUUAUUAACAAUUGAAAUAAAAAAUAUUGAAGGAAAAAAGUUUACUUGGGGUCUUGACCAAGCAGCACUUAAUUAUAUUUAUUAUACAGGACAAUUGGACCAUUUGAACCUUACAAAAGAAUUUUGUUCUCAACGUCUUUGCUUUACAGAGUCUAUUACUAGCUUUUAUAACUUUUCAUCUAAAACACUUACUUCAAGACCAAGUGGGUGUUCUCCAGUUAUUAGACAUAAAAUUAAUUUCGAUAGUAUACACUUUCUAUAA